GGGGGGCGGGGGCUGGAGGCGAAGUGACCAGGCGGCGGCGGCGGCUCAGCCGAGGUGACAAUGUGCUAGGAGCCCUCGCUCGUCUCCGGCGCCUCCUCGGCCUCGGCGCCCGCUCUCGCCGCGCCCUCCAGCCGGCCGCAGAGCUAUGAGGGCGCCUCUCUGGGGCUGGCCGAGGCCGGAGCCGGCUCGCUCUGCUUGCGGGCAAGUGUGAAGAGAGCGGCGCGGGCGGGAGCCGGGGCUGCGCGCGGCGCUCGCGGGCCAGCGCGGGUUUCAGGUGAGCGCGGGCUCGGCGCGCCCAGCACUCGGCGCGGCCGGGGCCGGGCUGGGUCGGAGGCUGAAAUCUGCGCGCGGACCGCCGUGCCCUCUUCGCGGGAUCCUUGGCCGCGACAGCAGAUGCAGUUUGUAGGAGUAUUUUGAGGAUGAAUGUUUGCAAAUCAUUUUGAAAUUGCCAAGCACCACAUACAUGGGAUGUAUCCUGCUUUUAGCCUGGAGUUUACCCGGUGGCUUGGAUUAAUCACAGUAGCACCUGUCUUUGAUCUAUGUGUUAACUAGAAAUCAAGGAAAGACAUGAGGAGAUUUGUUUACUGCAAGGUGGUUCUGGCCACUUCACUGAUGUGGGUUCUUGUCGAUGUCUUCUUACUACUGUACUUCAGUGAAUGUAACAAAUGUGAUGAUAAGAAGGAAAGAUCCCUGCUACCUGCACUCAGGGCUGUUAUUUCAAGAAACCAAGAAGGACCAGGAGAAAUGGGAAAGGCUGUGCUGAUUCCUAAAGAUGACCAGGAGAAAAUGAAAGAACUGUUUAAAAUCAAUCAGUUCAAUCUCAUGGCCAGUGAUUUGAUUGCUCUUAACAGAAGUCUGCCAGAUGUAAGACUAGAAGGAUGCAAGACAAAGGUCUACCCCGAUGAACUUCCAAACACAAGUGUAGUCAUCGUGUUUCAUAAUGAAGCAUGGAGCACCCUCCUUAGAACUGUUUAUAGUGUUAUAAAUCGUUCCCCACACUAUCUACUCUCUGAGGUCAUUUUGGUAGAUGAUGCUAGUGAAAGAGAUUUUCUCAAGUCGACAUUAGAGAAUUAUGUGAAAAAUUUAGAAGUACCAGUUAAAAUUAUUAGAAUGGAAGAACGUUCUGGGUUAAUACGUGCCCGCCUUCGAGGAGCAGCUGCUUCCAAAGGGCAGGUGAUAACUUUUCUCGAUGCACACUGUGAAUGCACUUUAGGAUGGCUGGAGCCUUUGCUAGCGAGAAUAAAAGAGGACAGGAAGACAGUAGUAUGCCCCAUCAUUGAUGUAAUUAGCGAUGAUACUUUUGAAUAUAUGGCUGGGUCAGACAUGACUUAUGGAGGUUUUAACUGGAAACUGAAUUUCCGUUGGUAUCCUGUGCCUCAAAGAGAAAUGGAUAGAAGGAAAGGAGACAGAACGUUGCCUGUCAGGACCCCUACUAUGGCUGGUGGCCUAUUUUCUAUUGACAGAAACUACUUUGAAGAGAUAGGAACUUACGAUGCAGGAAUGGAUAUCUGGGGUGGAGAGAAUCUUGAAAUGUCUUUUAGGAUUUGGCAAUGUGGAGGCUCAUUGGAGAUUGUGACUUGCUCCCAUGUUGGCCAUGUUUUUCGAAAGGCAACACCGUACACUUUCCCGGGUGGCACUGGUCAUGUCAUCAACAAGAACAAUAGGAGACUGGCAGAAGUUUGGAUGGAUGAAUUUAAAGAUUUCUUCUAUAUCAUUUCCCCAGGUGUUGUCAAAGUGGAUUAUGGAGAUGUGUCAGUCAGAAAAACGCUAAGAGAAAAUCUGAACUGUAAGCCCUUUUCCUGGUACCUAGAAAACAUCUACCCGGACUCCCAGAUCCCAAGACGUUAUUACUCACUUGGUGAGAUAAGAAAUGUUGAAACCAACCAAUGUUUAGACAACAUGGGCCGCAAGGAAAAUGAAAAAGUGGGUAUAUUCAACUGUCAUGGCAUGGGAGGAAAUCAGGUAUUUUCUUACACUGCUGACAAAGAAAUCCGGACCGAUGAUUUGUGCUUGGAUGUUUCUAGACUCAAUGGACCUGUCAUAAUGUUAAAAUGCCAUCAUAUGAGAGGAAACCAGUUAUGGGAAUAUGAUGCAGAGAGACUCACCUUGAGACAUGUUAACAGUAACCAAUGUCUCGAUGAACCAUCUGAAGAAGACAAAAUGGUGCCUACCAUGCAGGACUGUAGUGGAAGCAGAUCCCAACAAUGGCUGCUAAGGAACAUGACCUUGGGGGCAUGAACACCAUUUCCCCCAAAUAAUGAAAAUGUCUACACUUUUGUUUUUCCAUUAUUUCAAUUAGAGGGAAGAUAUUAACUUUGCUGAAUUGAAGUUUUAAAAUCCUUUUAGUAUUCUAAACCACAGUUGUUUAUAAUUCAUUUUUAGGAAUGUUUGCUUAUAUCCCUACUAAAAUUUGUAUAUGAUCAAAGAAGCACAUAAAGAAUAUAAAUAACAGCAAACUGUUAUUAAACAUUAGAACAACUUGAAAAGCUAAUUGGAUGUUUACUUUAAAAAAAUAUAUUUCCUUCACCAGAUUAGUUGAGGGUUUUAUUUGAAAGUUUUUCUUGUCUUGGAGAAAGGAAGGGGGACAAUGUAAAUGCCUUAUAAAAUAUCAUCAUUAUGAAAUAAUACCAACUAUUUUGUAAACUCACUCUGUUUCUACUGGACCUUUGUGGAAACUGUUGAAUUUCUGUGUCAGCAACAAGGCCACAGAUUAUUUCAGAGCAAUUAAUUCAUCUUACAAAUUGAGUUUCAAGUUUUGUACCAGAAAGAAAUUAAAUUUGAUACUGACUUCUCAUAUAGUCCCUAUAAAAGCAUCACAUUUAAGCAAAAAAUAAAAAGAGAGAGAAUUUGAAAAUUCAUUUUAAAUUACAUGAAAUAAGAAACGAGGUAGACAUUGACUAGAACAAGAUGAAGCUAAGCAUCAAAAUUUAAUCACUUUAAAAGAUAGUCUGUUUGGGUUUCGAUUACUCCUAAAAAUACUGAGCAUUAACAAUCUUGGUCUCAGCAUGACGUGUGAAAUUCAUCCUUGACCACUGUUUUGUCUCACAUGAAGUGUACAGUUCCUUUAUCUUCAUUCUAGAAACUGAUUUGUCAUUUAUGCUCUGGAGAACUAUGGGUAAGAGGUAACUUCUUAUGUUUUGUAUUUAAAUAUUUUAGUUAGGUCACUAUAUCAUUUUUUAAGUUUAUCUUUUGAAAAUACUGCAUAAAACUGUCAGAAUUUUGUUAAAUGCUAUGCGACAGCAAUUUAAGCUUUAAUUUCAUUUAAAGAAAUGAAUUCAGUACACAUUUCUUUCUCCUACCCCCACUCUCUCUCAC